AUGCCACCCAUCACCAAGUUAUGGCUUAGCAUAGUUAAGACCAGGGAUUGCAUGGACUCGAGCGACUUCCACGACCUCCUCGCCCAGAUUCUGAGCCAUUGCUCCUCUUACACCAAUCCCGAGUCCAACCCGGACCUCCCACCUAUGCACGCCUUCUUUCAAAGUGUCGAGAAUCCAGGCAUCCUCCUGAUGAUAACGGGCUAUCCUUCCCAGGAGAUAAACAAUGCGGCGGACAAAACCUACGCAGCGACCUUUCUGCCCCGUAUGUUCCAAGUCGUUGAGCAUAAAUGGCUAAAGCAGUUGGACUUGGAUGUGAGAUUGUUGCCCUUAGGGGACGAUGAUUUAACGAUCCAAUUCCGUGACACUCCUCUGGAUCCGGGCACAGGCCAGGCAAUUGGGGGAUGGGAUGUGUGGCUAGAGACGGAGCAAGCGAUCAGAAUGAGAGAAGCUGGUAAAGUACAGGACCUGCCGAAGGUCUGGGUAGGCAUCGGGAAGAAGGCUGAGGCAGAGCUCCCUCUGGCCAGAGACGUGAUCCACAUUCGCAAGGUUAAAGCCGCGUAA